AUGAACCUCUUCGCUGAAGCCUGUGACAAAUUCGGCCCGAUCAUCAACACGGAAACGACGGUGGUUAUGGACCAACUGCCACCCAAAGCUGCCGAGAAUACACCCCAAAUCAACACGAACAACGCUCAACUGCAAUCCGUGAACAACUUUACCUGCCUGAGCAACAGCCCGGUAUAUAGCGGAGAUCUGGACGAUGGACAAGAAGCAGGCGCGGGAGCUCAACCACUUCCGCCUCAGCUAUCUUCGGUGCAUAGUUAAGAUGGGGUGGCCUGACCGGAUCACGUGUAUGCACGCACUGGAUCCAAGAGGAAGCCUCAUAUCCACGUCAUGCUGAAACAACUGCAACUGCGCUAAUGGGGAUUCUUCGUGCAGGUGGACGACAAGCGGUUACCUAAGCGACUCUUUUAUGGAGUCACGGGCUGCCAUCGACCAGGAUGUCAGGUCCGGCGCUACAGGGACACUCUAAAGACUUCCUCAAAGCGCCGGCAGAUCAACCCGACCCGACCUCUCCGGAACAAAUCAUCCCGGAAGAGUACAGCGAAGACAGAACCAGCCAUCUACAAAGUCAACCUUGUCACUGAUGCUAAAGAUGAACGUGAAUCUCGCAAACGCCAACCGUCCUCACCUCGCAACGCUAAAGUUCGGUCGCUCCAAACAUGUCCACGGCGUCAGCGAACUUUCCGGGUAUUAGUCAGUCUCAUAGGACACCCUCUUGCAGAAUGCACCAACAACCUGGUGUUUUCCUCUCCCACUCCCGCCCCUGCUGUAAACUCCCAACCUACCGCCACCCUCAUCGCCGCCGGUCACACUGUCGCUGCCCCGCCGACAUCGUCCAUCCUGCCCCAGCCUCUGCGUCGACCACGGCGACCAGCUCCAUCAACACCAAAACACAUCUCGCACUCACCCCUCUCCAACAAUCGGACGGCGUCCGAAGCCCAGUCACCUGCUACUAGUACCACCAGCAUCCACACGCAGCGAUGUGGGCACAGUCCAUACCUCUCCUCGUUUCGAUUGCACAAUUACCUCACACAUGGACCUGGUCGGUCACUUGCGAAUCCGUAG